GGAACAUCUACCAUUAUGUGCCCUGGUACAACACCAAGCCUGUUGUGGCCGUGACCUCCCACUGGGAGGACAUCAGCUUCCGCAUGAACUGCCUCAACCUCCUCCACUUCACGCGGGACCGCCUGAAAGCCAAUCUGGACACCCUGAAAUCCAUGCGAAAUCCGAAGGACCCACAUCUGCUCCACCAGUGGGAGAAACUGCUGAGGGAGCUGGCAGAGGACUGCAAGCGUCCUCUGCCCUGCAUGAGCAAUCAGCCCACAGCCACCAACCUGGACAGGAAGAGGUGGCAGCUCCGCAGCCUCCUCCUGCAGGAACUGGCCCAAAAGGCCAAGCAAGCCAAGCCCAAGGACAUGGUGGCCACCGUGGAGGGCUGGCUGUACCACCUCAACGCUGUGCUCCCUGAGCCCCAGGUGAGCAUCCCCGAUGUGAUGAUCUGGCUGAUGGCCAAGGAGCAGCGCGUGGCCUACGCACGGGUGCCUGCCCACUCCGUCCUGUACUCCCCGGCAGGGGCCCUGCACUCCGGCAGCCACUGUGGGAAAAUACAAACACUGCUUCUGCAGUACCCAGAGGGUGAAGGGCAGAAGGACACGCUCCCAGGCCACCUCCGGGUCUGCAUGUGGCUCGGCAACAUCACAGACAGCAAGGACCUGCAGCUGCUCCGCAGGGGCGACAUAGCAGUGUACGCAGAGACGUACGAGAAUCAGGCCAAGUAUAAAGACCAGUGGGGGCAGCAGGGGCUGUACCGCUGCCCCAACUUCUCGGAUGUCAUGGGGAACAAGGCCCUGCCCAUGACGGAUUUCCAGCCACCCCCAGGAUGGCACUGGCAGGACAACUGGAUAGUGGAACCUCAGAGAAGGCUCCUCCUAGACAUAGACAUCAACAAGAGCCAGGUGCUGGAGGAGGUGUAUGAGAACCAGGGCCGUGACGCCAUAGGUGCCUGGGUGCCCGGGGCCAUCCCGAACACAGAUGCGGAUGGACAGCUCGUGGAGGCCCGGGAGAAAGUGAAGUGCCCCCAAGGCUGGCAUUUUAAGAAGGACUGGGUGGUGGAAUUGAACCAUGCAGUGGACAGUGAAGGCUGGGAGUACGGAGUGGGGAUCCCUCCUUCGGGCCUGCCCCAGGUCUGGAACUCAGUGGAGAAGACCUACCACUCGUGUCGGCGCCGGCGCUGGGUGCGAGUGCGCUUCCGGAACCAUGGGGAGCUGAGCCACGAGCAGGAGACCCUCUCCUUCCUGCAGCUGCACAGUCCAGUCAAGCAAGAGGAGGGCUGGGAAUAUGGUACCUUGGGCUCCAAGUUCCACCUCAACCCUCAACCCCAGAGCCGGUUCCGCCGCCGCUGCUGGCACCGCAAGCUGGCCCCCAAUAAGGACAAGGGCGUUGCACCCAUAUUCCUUCUGGAAGGGUCCUUGGCUCUGGAUCUGAAACACCAUGCUAGGAAGGAAGAAGACAGCAAGACGCGGUCGUGGGGGCUGGACACAUGGUUCAGGAGACUUGACCCAGGGGACACCCGGCCUCCCAACAUGCCCUUCAUCUACUGCAUCUUCAACAAACCUCACUACUACCAGCUCUUCUGCUACAUCUACCAGGCCCGGAACCUGAUGACCAACCAGAUCCUGACAUUCCAAGAGCCCUUCAUCCGGAUGGUCUUCCUGAACCACAGUCAGUGCACCCAAACCCUGAGGAGCUCUGCAGGCCCCACAUGGGCCCAGACACUCAUCUUCCAGCACCUCCUUCUGUACGAGAGCCCCGAAGACACCAAGGAGAGCCCACCGCUUGUGGUGCUGGAACUGUGGCAGCGCGACUCCUGGGGCAAGGAGAGCUUGUGGGGACGGAGCAUGUGGCCCCCGGUGGUCUGGCUGGAUCUCCAAGAUCGGAUCCUGCCCCCCAUGAGGUGGCACCCCCUUGUGAAGGAGUUAGGGGAGGAAGAGGGCGAGGUCUUGGCAUCCUGUGAGCUGAUACUUGAGACUGAGGUACUGGGAGAAAAGCAGCUACCAAUCCUAAGUGUUCCUUGGAAGAAUGGGAUCUACACACUCCCCAAGAUGAUCCAGCCCACACUAAGGAAGGUGGCCAUUGAGAUCCUGGCCUGGGGCCUUCGGAACAUGAAGAAGGCCAGCUCCCCCCAACUUCGGGUGGAAUUCGGGGAGGAGUCCCUGACGACAGAACCCAUCAAGGACUUCCAAACCAACCCCAACUUCCCUGAGUCGGUCCUAAUCCUCACACUGUACAUGCCUACGGAGGAGGCCUAUGCGCUGCCCCUUGUGGUGAAGGUGGUGGACAACUGGGCCUUUGGCCAGCGGACCGUGACAGGUCAGGCCAACAUCGACUUCCUCCAGCCCUAUUUCUGUGACCCCUGGGCUCAGGACUACGUGCAUCCAAAGCUUCCAAUACUGUCUGUAAAGAAGCACCGGCAUUUUCUAGGAUACCUCUAUGAAAAGUUCUGGUUCAAGUGCAGCAAAGCCGAGGAUGAAUAUGAGCAUGAGAUGGAUUGGUGGAGCAAGCUAUUCUGGGCCACGGGAGAUGAUCACAAGUCCCUGAAAUACAAGUACAAAGACUACCACACCCUAAAGGUAUAUGACUGUGAGCUGGAGGCUGUGUCAGCCUUCCAGGGCCUGCAGGACUUCUGCCAGACCUUCAAACUCUACCAGGAAUGGCCCAAGUUGGACAGCCCUGUGGUAGGGGAGUUCAAGGGCCUUUUCCGUAUCUACUCCUUUCCUGAGAAUCCGGAAGCCCCCAAGCCCCCGCACCAGUUCAUGGUUUGGCCUGAGAGAGAAGACUUCCCUCAGCUGUGCUUGGUGAGGGUCUAUGUUGUACGAGCCAUCAACCUGCAGCCCCAGGACUACAAUGGCCUGUGUGACCCUUAUGUGAUCCUGAAACUGGGAAAGACAGAGCUUGGCAACCGAGACACAUACCAGCCCAACACUCUGGACCCCAUCUUUGGCACGAUGUUUGAAUUCACCUGCAACAUUCCCCUGGAGAAGGACCUAGAGAUCCAGCUCUAUGACUUUGACCUACUGUCGCCUGAUGAUAAGAUCGGAACCACGGUUAUCGACCUUGAAAAUCGACUCCUGUCUGGAUUUGGAGCUCAUUGUGGGCUUUCUAAAUCCUACUUCCAGUCAGGGCCCUUUAAGUGGCGGGAUCAGAUGUCCCCAAGCUCCCUCCUGGAACGCUAUGCCAGGCGGAAAGGGCUGCCCCCACCUCUGUUCAGCCCUAAGGAAGACACUGUUAUUUACAAUGGGAAAAAAUUCAAGCUGCAAAGCUUUGAGUUCAAACCCCCUAAUGUUCAUGGUUUGGGAUCCAAGAAGGAACGGCUUGCCCUGUACCUCCUGCAUACCCAGGGGCUGGUUCCUGAGCACGUGGAGACCCGCACACUAUACAGUGAUGCCCAGCCGGGCAUUGACCAGGGCAAGGUACAAAUGUGGGUGGACAUCUUCCCCAAGAAGCUGGGGCCUCCUGGUCCCCAAGUCAACAUCAGCCCCAGAAAGCCUAAACGGUAUGAGCUGCGCUGCAUCGUCUGGAAGACUGCCAACGUGGACCUGGUGGAUGUCAGUUUAAGUAAAGAGAAGACGAGCGACAUCUAUGUCAAAGGGUGGCUAUAUGGACUAGAGAAGGACAUGCAGAAGACAGACAUUCAUUACCACUCCCUGACUGGAGAGGGCAACUUCAACUGGCGGUUCAUCUUCCCCAUGGACUACCUGGCGGCGGAGCAUGUGUGCGUCCAGAGCCAGAAGGAUUACAUAUGGAGCCUAGACCCUACCUUGAUGAAGUUUCCAGCUCGGCUCAUCAUCCAGGUCUGGGACAAUGACAUCUUCUCCCCCGAUGACUUCCUAGGGGUCCUGGAGCUGGAUUUGUCUGACAUGCCCCUCCCGGCUCGGCAUGCCAAGCAAUGCUCCAUCAGGAUGAUGAACCCUGACCCCAAGUGGCCCUACUUCCUCCAACACAAGCACUUCUCCCUCUUUAAGAAGAAGACUGCAACUGGCUGGUGGCCUUGCCAGGUCCUCGAUGGCGGCAAAUGGCGCUUGUCGGGCAAAGUGAAGAUGACUCUGGAAGUUCUGUCAGAGAAGGAAGCCUUGAUCAAGCCAGCAGGGCGAGGCCAGUCGGAACCCAACCAAUAUCCUACACUUCAUCCUCCCCUGCGCACUGACACCACUCUCACAUGGCUGCGGUCACCGGCUAAACACUUCUGUCGUGUUUUCUGGAAACGCUACCGCUUCAAGUUCAUAGCCCUCACAGUCAUACUGAUUAUAGCACUUCUGCUGUUCAACUUUAUCUAUUCAGCUCCGCACUACUUGGCCAUGAACUGGAUCAAACCUGAACUUCGGCUGCAUCCUCCCAUUCAAAUAGUCAAUGUUAUCACUUCACCAAACACCAGCAAUGCCAACUCUUCCAUUCUCAUCACCCAAGAGCCACACCUAAAGCCUACGACAGACCAUGAGUUGAAACUCCCCCAGGGACCCAAGAAUCACCUGAGUGAUAUUUUCCCAGAAUUUCCAGCCCCAUAAGACUAGUUUGCCAGUGUUUGCCUGGAUUUUCUUCUGCCUACCAUCAGCCCUAUCAGUUCUUCGUUUCUGUUUUCUAGGACAUCUGUAAGGAACUAGGAAUAUUUUGGCUGUUGUGUUCAGAAAUUACUUCCAACAAGAAGAGCAGAGCUAUAAUUUUCCACUGAAUAAACAAGUUUUGUAAUAGAGCAUCACCUUGUAAUUUAGGGGGUUAAAGACAACUUUAAAAGCUGAAAACGCCAGCCCUUCAAGACACACAGAGACAGAGAGUGAUGUCAUCUUUUUGUGCCCCCUCUAGCCAUAGGGUCUCUCCAUGUUAACAGGCUCUGAAGUCAGAAGGCAAGGAGAGAAGGGUGACCAGUGAGAAGUGGCUCUCGUGAGUAAGCAGCACGCCAAGGCCCCAGCUCUCACUUCCAGGGGGCAUGCACAGCAGGGCCUCACCAGGAGGCCCUAGCAUCCAUGUGGGAUGACAGUGACCAGGCCAAUAUUUGGCCCAUUCAUAAUAGAAAACAUUUGUUUCAGAAUAAAAAUCAAGAGUGGAGGCAGAAUAUCCAAACCUAGGUCAGGUAAUGUUCUUAUGCCACACAUUUCUCUAAGGGCAGCCCUAGGCUGGGUGAGGACUGCAUUUCAUGUAUUCUCUGCCUUGUUAA